AUGACUGGCUCGGACGAGAAAAAGGCAACGUUCUACGAAGGCCUGCAGGCCCUUUUAGCGUCUGUGCUGAAGGUGGACAAACUGAUCGUCUACUGUGACUAUGAUGCUCGCGCCGGAACAGACUGCGCUGCAUGGAGGGGAGUGCUGGGUCCUCACGGGAUCGGCGGCUGUAUCGACAUUGGUCUGUUUAUCCUGGGAGCCUGCGUAGAACACCACCUCCUGCUGGCCAACACAUUCUUCCGCCUGAAGAUGCGGAAGAAGGCCAUGUGA